AUGGAGCCCUUCAUGUACAAAAUCGACGGAGACGGGGACACGAUCCUCAUCCUCCAAAAAGCCAAUCAACCAAUUGCAGCACGAGACUCCGACACUCCCUGGGACGACGCCCUACCACAGUACCUGACCGAGGAAGCGCGCCGCAACGGAUCCGAGCUCUCGUCGUCCAAGCUCGCGCUCGCAUCGCCGAAAUGCAGACAACUUACGCCCAGCAACCUGCCAGAGACCCGAUCCAGCAUCGCGUACAAGUACAUCCUGCUCGCCGAGGGCUGGGACGAAAAGGCUCUCGAGCUGGUGAUGAACAUCAUCCAUGGCCGUACUGCUGGUGUUCCCGAACAGAUCAGCCUUGACAUGCUUGCCAAGAUUGCCGUCAUUGUCGCCCACUAUGAGUGCUCCGAAGCGUUGAAGCCGUACGCUGAUAAGUGGAUCUCGAAACUAGAUGAGCCCUUCCCGACAUCGUACAGCCGGAAUCUUGUGCUUAGGCUCUUCAUAUCUUGGGUUUUUACAGAUGAGUUCGACUUCAAGGAGCUAACUAGGAUAGUUGUCCGCGAGAGCAGAGGUCCUAUGCACUCUCUUGGUCUGCCUCUACCAGCGCGCAUCAUCAAAGCCAUUGACAAAAAGAGACGACGCAUCAUCGACAAACUCUUCUUUAGCCUCAACGAACUCAAGAAAGGCCUCGGCAAGCCCUCGCCAACCUGCUCUUCCAUCUACCCAGCCCACAGCGCGCCGUCCUGCUGCACAAUCCUCCCCGAUGCGCUCGUCGACGGCCUGAGGGACGUCGGCCUCGAGUCGGUGCCAAACGCGCAAUUUUCAGGAUACAGCAUCGUGGCCCUGGAAGAGGCUCUGCGGCGCUUCGAGCGGCCCAACGUGGCGAGCUUGCUGUGGUCGUGCCAGCUCCAUGGCUCGCUGUGCUUUCUUCCUGCGGAGGUUAGUCAUGUUCUUCGUGGGCUACAGCUCGAGAAUGUGCAGGGGCUGGAGUUGUCGCAUUUUUGCGAUGUUGGUAAGGGGGUUUAG